UGUAAUUUACAUCUCACACAGUCCACAUCCCACAUUUCGCACGAAGAUAAAUUUGAAGCUUCUCCUACCAUCCUACCUUAUAAUUUAGGAGCAUUUUUCAAACUUAAUUUCCAGUGUUUUCCCUCUUGCUUGACCCAGAAUUUUCGCGACUUUUAAAGUUUUUUCUCUCGAAGAGUGUAUUUUUUUAAAAGUGAAUAAAUAAAUUAGUGUACAGUGUAUCAAUUGAAUACUUGAGUAUUGGACGGCGGAAAGGAUAUUGAUAUCAUGGCUUCAUUUUUAUCUCUGAGCAAGAUAAAGAUCUCUGGAUCCGAUUCCCGUAGUGAGACUCAAAGUGAAGUUUCUUCUGCUGACAGCGAAUUGAAUGAUUUACGUUCAAUUGCCAUUCAACUGGGAGUCAGUGUGGAUGAAUUGUCUGUGGAGAGAUUCAAGAUUGAGCGGCAGAAAUUGGAGAGCAUGCUUUCAGAAGGUGCCGAUGGACUUGGAACAAACAAGGCCGAAAUGUUUUUUCAAUUGAUCAUGCAGGACACUUGCACGUACAUUUGCUGGCCGUGCCGGCUGAAGAUCGGCGCCAAGACCAAGAAAGAUCCUCAUGUGAAGAUCAUUGGCAAGUCUGAGAAUGUGCUGAAGGCGAAGGAGCGCGUGAUGGGCACACUGAACUCUCGCGGCAUGAGAGUGACAAUGAAGCUAGACGUCUCGUACACUGAUCACUCAUUCAUCAUUGGCAAGAGUGGGAAGAUCAUCAAAAAGAUCAUGGAGGACACACAGACGCACAUCCACUUUCCCGACUCCAAUCGCAACAAUCAGAACGAGAAGAGCAAUCAGGUGUCUCUGAAUGGGGCUCUGGAGGGUGUUGAGAAGGCCAGGGCGUUCGUGAGGGAGUCUGCUCCACUUGUGCUGCAAUUUGAUCUGCCAAUCUUGGCGCCCACUCAUCCUGUGCCAGACAACGAGUCGCCGUACAUAAAAGAAGUGCAACAGAGCUAUGAGGUCCAAAUUGCGUUCUCCAAUAAGCCCAAAUUGCAUUCACUGUCGGUGAUUGUGAAGGGAUCCGAGCGGAAUUGCAUGAAUGUGAAAAUUGCUACGCAGCUUUUAAUUGAUAAAUUCUGCACCAAUACACCGGCACGGAUCGAUGUGAUGCACCAGAUGGAGAUUUCGCCACAGCAUCACUGCAUCGUCAAGGGGAAGGACAAUCGCAAUUUAUUGCGAAUCAUGGAGUACACGAGCACAAGAAUCAUCUUCCCGGACUUGACGGAUGCCAACAUAAGGGCUCUGCGUCGAUCGCAAGUUCUCAUCUACGGGAACAUCGAGGGUGUCUAUUCGGCCAGACAGCUGCUCUUGGGCAAUCUGCCGGUGGCUCUGAUGUUUGACUACCCGAACAACACCAUCGAUCCGUCUGAUGUGGCCAAGCUGAACAAUUCCCUCGAUGUCUUCAUCACUGUGCGUGCCAAGACUCGCCAAAGCACUCUCAGCAUUGUGAUUAAGGGCGUUGAGAAGUACAUCAACGAUGUUUACCAGGCACGACAUGAUAUUCUCAAGUUGGAUCCCCCGGUCGUCCAGGCCAGCAUUCCGGCCAACUACAUGCUGCACAUGGAGGACAAGCGUCUCAUGCAACUGCCAGCACUCCUUGCACUGCAUCCGGAGAGUCCCACACCCACGCCAAUUGGCUAUUUAUCGGACAGGUCAUCACCGUACACUCUCUUCGAGGGUGGUGGCAUCCAGAAUCGCUACCAGACGAGUCCUAGCAGCCUCUACUCCUUCACACCGAAUGAAUUGGCCUCAGUGACUAUUGAACACCCAGCGGACAAUAAGUAUCUCAAUGUGCCCAAUAAUAUUUCACCGAGAAGUGUGAGCAACAACACGAGUGGGUAUCAAAGUUUCAGCAGCAGCACCAAUUCCCUGGACCAUUUGAACAUGUACCCAUCGCUGAAUCACCCACCGAGUGUCAAUUCAUCCCAGGAGAGGAUUUUCUACGGAUCAACCAGCCGAUGCAAUAGCAGCGGCUAUGGCAGCUCACCAUUUCUCAACACAAGUGACUCACAGUCAUCCAAUAUCAACUAUCAGAUGAAACGCAAUUUCGAUCACAGUCCUAUAUUUGAUUUCAAUUUAAAGAAAUUGGACGGACUCAAAGCCAUGAAAACAUCACCAAUGGGCGAGCCGAGGACUCCGACUUCUGCUUGGACAGGCUUGGGACUCAGCAGGACAUCACCCAUGGUUCCGCAGGAUGGAAUUUCGAGUGCAUUCAUGUCUGAUUGGGAGGACACGACCAGUGCAUCGCCCUAUAGGAUGGGGAAGACAAUUGGGAUUCUUGAUUCUACACCAGUGCAGCGCAGAGCACAAAUUGGACAUCAUCGAGACUUGCACAGUCUGCUCACAUCUCUUGGCUUGGAGCACUAUAUAAACACCUUUGUGUCCAAUGACAUCGAUCUGGAGAUUUUCUCCACGCUGACCGAGGAGGAUCUCACGAAGCUGGGCAUCACGUCCUUUGGGGCGCGCAAGAAGCUCCUGAUGGCCAUCACAGGGCUGGCCGUGGUGUCCAACACGCCGACGAAUCAUCGUCCCAAGUUCUCCGGAUCGGCGGCGCCGGGAGCCGAGAGACGCACGUCCAGCUCUUCUUAAGCGUUCGCGGGCAAUUGUGUCCAAUUGACGAGACAUCAAUUGGAUUUUUCAUAUUGCCACGGAAUUUUUUUUGGUUGUGUUGAGGAGUUGCACUAGAUUUAAGGAAUCAGUGAGAAUUAAUUCUCAACUAUUUUCAAGCAGCAACUCAUCCCAUCAAAUCAUCCCCUGUUUUGUGUUACCAUUAUAUAUUUUCGUAACUAUGAGGCAUUUUCUUUUAAGUUAUGGUUUAUUAGAAUGUAUCCCUAUUUAAAAUUUAUGCAUCAUCACUUACCAUCUAACGUUUAAUUUAGAUUAUCUCCCAGUAUAAAUUAAUUGCAGUAUUUUUUCUGAUAUUUCUGCAUGAGAAUUCAUAAUAAGAGUAUUCUUAUGGAUUUGAUAUUUAUUAUUUUAUUUGUAAUAUAUCUAAUGAAAAUGGAACAGAAGAGGCAUUGUUAGAUCAAAGAAGAAAGUAUGUAUUCUCAUAGAGGAGAGUGAUGGAAGAAAAAUUGUUACUUUCUAAUAUUUGAGCAAUAUUUAUAAGAUGUCCAGUUAAUAUUUUCCAUCCUUUUCCUGGCGUUACUAAUUUUUAGUUAAGGGAUUACUCGAACAUGUUCAAUUUUAACACUAUACAUAUAGUUGCAUCUAUAUUUAGUAUUGAAAGUUGAUAAUUUGGAGCUGAAUGAUCUUGUAGGGAAUCAGUGAGUGUGUUGAAAAAACUACAGACCUGUGAUGUUAUGUUCAAUAUCAGUAUUUUAAGAGGAUCUUUCCUCUAAUACAACGAGACACACAAUUGAUCACAUUUGACAAAAUAUUCUCUAUUACUUUCAAUAUUAAUUUAUACAUAAAUUUAUGAGUGAGUGGAUAAAUUACCAAAUUCUUUAUAAGUUGAUAAAUUCUUUUUACUAUUAUAAAAAGUAUAUUGUAGAUUAUUGCACUGAUAACAAAAAAAAACAUUGUAAACUUUGCGAAUUGAUUAGUAUAAAAUUGCAUGCGAAUUUGUAAGACAAAAUUUACUCUAGAAUUAAAUAUAAAAUGAGGUCAAUGAA